AUGACACUGUUGUUCGGCCAGUGGCUUGGCGACUGCUCCUCAUUCACUUCGUCCUCACUGGCAGCUACCAUACUUAAACACCCAACUUUCUUCGAGCUCCAAUCCACACUUCAGGAUUACUUUGACACGAUACCUUCUCAAGCCGCGCGUCGCAACCCGCUCGUCUCCCUUCAAGCAUUCGCGAACAUGUCGACCGCACCAGCUGCAGCCAGCACUGGGCAAACUGCCGCUCCACCGGGGCCGUCCACAGACUUGACGAGCCUACCAAUCGAACUUCUCCAAGAAAUUGCUAAGCACACGGGUAGCGCCAUCCUCUCCCUCCGUGCAGCAUGUCACGAUAUCCACGACAAAGUCGACGACGUCUUCGCCAGAGGAUACUUCAGCACUCGAGUCCAUCUCACGACUCGACACUCGCUGGAGGCGCUAGCCGAGAUUGUGAAAGUGUCACGCUUUCGCAAAGUCCUGAAGGAAGUCGAGUUCGAGAUUGUGAGUUCAUGGAGGAUUGAGAGAAACUUUUACGAGUUCCCUCUCGAGCCCGAAAUGAAGAUCCUGGCCGAACUUGAGGUGGGAAAAUUCGUUUACCAAAAUUGGACGACGCAGGAGCUUGACUCUAUUAACAUCGAGAAGUCUCUUGCCGGCAUCUUCUUGGACCUUGCUCAGCACAAAGUGGUGCCAGUCGUCACCAUCACUCUUCCAAUGAACCAAAGACACUUCACGGGCUUUGGCUCUCGCUGGCUUGUGCGAAACAUGUUCCCCGGCAGUGACGGGUGCCCAGAGAAGGAUGUGUACGUGUUCAAGCACUGCACACACAUAAUUUAUGAGCGCGGACGCCGCCUACACGAGCAGAAACAGGCCAUAGCAGCCGUACUGGAAACCGCCACAGCAUCUCAGCUUGAUCUGAAGUCGCUGAUUCUCGACGGUGGAGCAGAGUUUCGUAACACCGAUCCUACCGGAACCGGACCGUUAUGCGACAGUCCUGGCGUCACUCAAGUCUUCUCCAAACUCAGAGCCUUGACAGUGGACCUCUCCAUUGUCAUCGCUGGUGACUUGCUCGAAAUCCUGAAAUCAUGUCAGCGACUUGAAGAAAUCAACAUGGUCUUGUUGGGCGACUUGUUCCUAGACAAUGAGGUAUUGCAACAUGUUGCGAAUGCUUUGCCGGCGGCCACCACUCUCAAAAACGUCACUAUCGCCCAUGCGACGUUCGUAUCUGCUAGGGACAUCAUCGAUUUCCUUCGGAAGCAUGAGAAGGUGUUGCAAAAAUUGGUCUUGUCAAGUAUCAGUAUCGAGGGUAGAGGCGAGUGGCAAGUGCUGUUUGCGGGAUUGUCGAACUUCCCUCAGCUUGCAGAGAUUGACAUCUAUAUGGCGAUGGGUAACAAAGUCUACUGGCGUCCGGAAGAGAUCAUGGAGCACCAAGAGGUGCGUGGUAGCUGUAUUAACCGAGCGAUUUUGUGCGACAGGAAGAAUAAGUUGGCCGCAGCGAACUAUCGGAUUUGCGGAAAGGACGCUGUGAAGCAGGAGCUGGAAGAGCUGGCAUCCACCUCUACAGUGUUCGAGAGAUGUUGGGAGAAACCAAGAGCGGACGGAUCCCCAGAAUUUGUGUUCGAUCCGCUCGAAGAAGUGUUGAUAGAAUGA